UCAGCAAAAGAGUCUUUGUCUUUUUUUUUUCUCUCUUUUAAGGCCAAAAGAAGAAGCUAAGCACUAUAAGCAUUAGCUCCCUCUUGAGGCCUUUUUUUUUUCCUUAAGAAAUUAAAUCACCAAAAAAAAAAAUGACUAAACGUUUGUUCCUUUGUUAUAGAAGAAUGGUUCAUUUGAAUAUGAAAAGAAAAAUUAUAUGUAAAUUUACAAUUUUACAAAAAUAUUUGAAUUCAUUUUGGAACAAAGUUCUUGCUUGUUGGUUAGGUAAGUCUAUCAAUUAUAGACAAUUGUCACAUAAUCAAUCUUUUCCAACCACCACCGCUGCCGCCACGGGGAUGCCAUCUCCGCCAGCUGGGGCGGGGAUGCCAUCUCCGCCAGCUGGGGCGGGGAUGGCGUCCCCUGGAGGGUUUUCGGAGAAUAUGUCAUCCACAUGUUGUUGUGAUCAUUCUAAGGAUUCAUCUGAGAAUGUUGUUGCCUUGAAGAUUAGUCUUUUGGGUGAUAAUCAAAUUGGAAAGACAAGUUUCUUGAGAAAAUAUGUAGGAAAAGAGGAAGUAGAUGAAGGGUUGUCAACCAAAGGAGUAAAUCAAAUGGACAAAACUUUAUGUGUGAAAGGGACAAGAAUCUCAUAUAGCAUGUGGGAAGUUAAAGGUGAUGUUUCUGGCCCAACUCAAAUUCCAAUGGCUUGUAAGGAUUCUGUAGCAAUGUUUUUCAUGUUUGAUCUCACAAGUAGAUGUACACUCAGUAGUGUCCUUAGCUGGCAUCAACAAGCACGUCAAUGGAAUCAGACAGCAAUUCCUGUAAUGAUAGGGACAAAGUUUGAUGAUUUUGUGAAAUUGCCAUUGGAUCUUCAAUGGACAAUUGCAAGUCAGGCAAGAGCAUAUGCAAAGGCACUAAAUGCACCAUUAUUUUUCUCUAGUGCAACAUACAACAUUAAUGUGAACAAGAUAUUCAAGUUCAUCACUGCUAAACUCUUCAAUUUACCAUGGUCAUUGGAGAGAAAUCUCACAAUUGGUGAACCUAUCAUUGACUUUUAGGUUUAAUUUCUCUUAUUUUCUGUAAUUAAAAAGAAAAAAAGAAGAAAAAAAAGGUUUGCUUUUUUUUUUAAUUAAUAGUAUAUAGAUGUGAGAGAAUCCAAAAGAUUCGGAGAAAAAGAAAUGAUGAUUCAUAUAGCCAACCGGUCACUAGGUAAUUGUUUCCACCUAGUGAAAAUUCGGGUUGUCUUCAUAUGCCAUUUUAUGCAUUGGAGAAAAUAUUUCCAUUUCUUUUUCUCAUUUUUCUUUUGAUGUACUAUGGUGUUGUAAUUUACUAGUUACUUUAAUCAACAAUAUUCAUCGGUA